AUGAUGCCCACAGUCGCAAGCGCAGCUAUUGUGAAGGUCUACGACUACGUAUUGACCUUUGAAUUGGAGAAUCACUACAUGUGGUCCAAACAACGCUGGAGUCUAAUCCGUGUGUUGUUCUUCGUCAAUCGAUACAUGCCAUUCGUGGAUAUCACCGUGUCACUUUGCGCCCAGUUGAUACCCACGCUGAGUGACCGAGACUGCAAGCUCCUGUACCGUUUAGCCGCCUGGUCAUUCUGCUUCAGCAUCGCCCUAUCUGAAGUGAUCCUCACAAUGCGAACUUGGACGCUCUGGAAGACGAAGUGUUGGUUAGGUAUCGCCUUAGCCGCGUUCUAUUUGGGCUGCUGGGUCCCGAUAUUCAUCCUUUUUGGAACAUUCCUGACACACGCAAACGUUUUCAAUCUUCGGAUGCCGCAAUACGAAUACGCUGCUUGCAUCGUGGACCCGGGAAAUGUUAACCUCUAUCUGUGUUGGAUUUUAGUCCUUGUGUACGAUACCGGCACCAUGCUAUUGAUGGUUAUAGCUGGUGCAAAGUCAUGCGCGCAAUUCCGUGGACAACCUAGAGGCUCGUCUGCGCUGGUGUUCACUCUUUACAGGGAUGGUAUAACAUACUACAUCGCAUUGUUCAUUUUGUCUGUGGCGAACAUCAUCACCAUUGUGAUACUUCCCAGGGAUCUUGUCAAUCUCUUCUCAGUACUUCAGAGGGCUAUUCACACCGCUUUGUCCUCUAGAGUCAUUCUCCACCUUCGCGAGCAGGCGGGGAAGCUUAACACAUUUUCCGACACUCUCAUUGCCACAUAUAUUUCCACAGAGGCCUCUUAA